AUACCCAUGGACCUCGUGUAUAAUCGUAAACCACUCUCGGCCACUCUCGGCCUUCCCAAUCGUCUUGAGAAGCAAGUCUACGGCUACACGAUAAAGGCGCUAUCUGUUGUUUGUGAAUGAAGAAAAUAGACAAUGGCGAUAUGAGAGUGGCGUGUGUUUUGGCUGUUUCAGAAUAUAAGUGACAAAUAUAUCUUAUUUGUAUUUUGUAUUAGAGAGUUUGAGCAUUAGUAAAUGUUUUUGGUAGAUCGAUAAGGAAGUUAUAUGUUUGUGGAAAAUGAAGAUAUUAACAUUGGAAUUGUAGUGUGCAUUUUUUUAAUAUCAUUGUGGCUCGCUCCCGUAAAAAGUGACAAAUGAAACCGACUGCUUCAGAUUUAAGAUCAAAAUGCUCGAAAUUAUAGAGUGUUAUGAUCAAAGAAAUAGCAGAGGAGGUUAAUAGACAGUGAAGGGAUGGUAAAGUGAAGGGACAUGAGCCAGAACAUUGCAGGGAUGGCGCCCUUUGUCAGCAUGCCAAGGGGGAGGAACCAUAUGUACUUCCAGGGGCCUGGUGGCGAUGCACAACACAUGCAGCGUGGGCCUUGCUUUCAUGAUGAACGAAGUGAAAAACAUCUUGCAAAUUCUUGCAGUCUGCCACUGGGAGGUAUGGGUCCAGAGUUCAAGCCCCCAGUGGCUGGAGUGCCUGACCCCCCCAUCCAGGCAAAGAAGAAACGUCGCACGUCCAGUGCUGCCUCAACACCUUCCCAACCUGCACCUGCCCUGCAGGACCUACUUCCCCCUCCUUUGACAGGUUAUGGGGACACCAUUGUUGCCUCUAAUCCAUUUGAUGAUUCACCACCGCAAAUGGCUCAUUCAAUGAGCAUGGGCCAUGGACAUCAUAUGCACAUGAACCAUCACCAUCAUCAUAUGGGUGGAAUGAGUCCUAUGGGCAGCAUGACUGGUUCAACAAUAAACAACAGCCAUUUGUCCAACAUGGGUGGACCACCAAUGAAUAAUAUGGGAAACCAUGGCAUGGGUGGUCCGUCUAUGAAUCCUGGUCCUAUGUCUGGUCCACCAAUGAACAGUGGCCCUCCUUUGGGCAGCCCUAUGAACAGUUGUCCUCCGCUAGGCAGUCCCAUGAACACUGGACCUAUGGGGGGACCUAUGGGAAGUCCAAUGAGUGGCAUGGGUGGACCUAUGAUGAACAGUGGAUCUAUGGGGAGUCCAAUGAACAGUUCUAUGAACAGUAUGGGUGGCCCGCCUAUGCCUAGUGGUCAUUUGAACAAUGGACCAAUAGGUGGUGGACCUAUGAAUAGUAGUCAGAUGAGUGGCCCCUUAAGUGGGCCGCCCAUGAAUACAUUAGGAAACCCAAUGGGUGCACCUCCUGUGAACAGCAGCCCCAUGGGAGGGCCUCCAAUGAACAGUAGCCCCAUGGGCAACCCUCCUAUUAACAAUGGCCCUAUGGGAGGUCCUUCUCUCAACAGUCUGUGUGGGCCAAUGGGUGGCCCCCCUCUCACUGGUGGCCACAUGAGUGGUGGUAUGAACAUGGGAGCCAUGAGCCCUAUGAAUCACCAUUCACCCCAUCCACAUCCCAUGGGAAAUAUGGGGUCCAUGGGUGGGAUGAGUGGUAUGCACCCUAUGGGCAUGCACGGGCCCCCUCAUGGAUUCCCUGGGCCUGGGAUGGGACCUAAACCCAUGCCUGUCUCAGCAGGGAAGGUUUAUCCUCCAGAUCAACCUAUGGUGUUUAAUCCACAAAAUCCUAAUGCUCCCCCUAUAUACCCCUGUGGCACCUGCCACAAAGAAGUCCAUGACAAUGAUCAGGCAAUACUUUGCGAGUCUGGGUGUAAUUUCUGGUUUCAUCGAAUAUGCACAGGACUGACAGAAGCGGCCUAUCAACUUUUGACAGCAGAAGUUUAUGCAGAGUGGGUAUGCGACAAGUGUUUAUCUUCCAAAAACAUACCACUCGUGAAAUUCAAACCAUAAUGAAGAAAAUGUGAAUUUUUAAAAUGGUUAAAGGUGGUUGAAACAGUCUGUUGUCAAGUCAAUCUCACACCUGCCUCAUUUGUUGCCGAUGAGCUACUGAGCAUCUGGAUGAAUGUGAAAUUGGAAUGAAUGCAAUUGUGUGUGUUAUUUACUGAUGUGACAAAAGAAUGUUGUUUGUAAUUAAGCAUACUUCUUUCUUGGAAUUCUGAAUUAAAUAUUGUUUCCUCUGUUAAUAUUUAACCUAUUGUACUUUUUGGCAGUGUUGUUUUGUUUUAGAUGGUAGGCAGCUAACCUGUUGCUAAGUGACAAAACAAUUUGGUGACUACAUUACUGACAUUGUGUUCAUAUUACUUAUUGAUUUACGGAAUUGAUGCAGUUUUGCAACUUUGUCAUUUUGAAAUAAAUAUUGUAUUUUGAGAUAAUUUUUUUUUUUUUUUUUGUAUAUACAAUACAAUAAAUAAUGUGUGGUUGGGUUUUUUGUCCAGUAAGUUACUUUCCCUUGUAAAAUAAUCUUGUAAAAAAAAUUCUUCAUACUUUCUCAAGAGUAUGCAACCUGCAAAAAGAAAAGAUGUGCAUAGUUUAUUUUUUAUCAUGUGAAUAAAUAUAUUAGCA